AUGUUUAAAGUAAUUGUUCCAGAGACAAAUGCUUCUAGACACCUUUUCUUUACAAACAAAAGCAUUCAGAGGGAGGGGAUGGUGGCUGAGACGAGAGGGGCUGUCCUCUAUUUCCCCAGGAGGGGAGACCCACAGGGGCGACCCCUUGCUCAGAUCAGCCAGAAGCCACCCGAGAAAAUCAAUCUUAAGCCAACAGACCGAAUAGCCGAUUUGUUGCCAUUUUCCAAGUCAGAGCAAAACCAGACCUUGUUCCACCCAGUGGACAUUUUUGCCUUCCCCUCCCCUCCCCGAGAUUAUUAG